CAAGAAUCGGCCUUACGCCUUAGCAAAAUAAAUAAGUACUGUGAUGGAGGUAUUAGGUGGUGGAAUAAGGACCCUGAGCCACCAGCGAUGGCUGGAUGCGUUCAGCGACGACCGCGCCAACAUCUACACGUUCAGCUCGUGCGUGGCGCUGGCGGACCUGAGUGCGGACGGAGACCACCGGCUGGUGGUGGCGGAUCUCGGCACCGGCUCGGCCGACGUCAAGCUCAAGGUGUACAAGGGGACCUGCCUGGUGACGGAACUGACGCUUCUCGAGGUCCCCAACAGCGUGGCCGCCUUCUACAUGGACCUGAGCGAGCCCCGCGUGCCAGCGAUUGCCGUGGCCUCUGGCGCCAGCGUUUACAUCUACAAGAACCUGAAACCGUAUUUCAGGUUCACCCUCCCGUCUCUGGAAGUGAACCCCUUUGAGCGAGAUGUGUGGAUGGAGGCUCGGGACAAGAAGAUGUCGGCGGAGGCGGUGCACGAGAUGCUGCAGAACGUGCGACAGGAGGCGGGCUUCAGCAGCCUGUCGUCCCGCUCCCAGCGGCUGCUCGCGCUGGACCGCUCCCGGUGGCACGACUUCGUCGCCCAGCACAGGGACGCCCCGCUCAGGAAGCAGACGGUGGUGACGUGCAUGACGCUGCUCAAGAAGUGCGCGGCGGAGGAGCCGGCCGUGUCCUGCCUGGUCGUGGGGACCGAAUCUGCUACCAUCUACAUUCUCGACUCUGAAGCAUUCACCGUCCUCCAUACCGCCAGCCUGGGCGCGGCCCCCACGCACCUGCAGGCGUCGGGGCUGUACGACGUGCAGUUCCGGCUGGUGGCGGCGUGCCGCGACGGCUCCCUGAGCCUGGUGCGGCGCGGCUGGGGCGCGGCCAAGGUGCUGGCGCGGCUGUGCGCGCCGUGCGUGGCCCUGGAGCUGCGGCCGGGCGACGCGGCCGUGCUGCCGGCCCUCAUGACCUGCGCGCUGCACUGCUACUCCAAGAAGGGCAGGAAGCUGUGGGAGGUGGCGCUCCCGGCGCCGGUGACAGCGAUGGUGGCAGUCGUGCUGAAGCACGUGGCCACCACGCUGCUGUGCGUCGCGCUGCGCGGGGGAGCCGUGCACUUCUACCAGGACCGCCAGCUGGUGGACUCCCUGACCGCCCCUGACACGGUGUCGGCCGUGUACUUCGGCCGGUACGGCCAGGAGGAGCACAGCCUGAUCCUCGUCACCAUGGGCGGCGCCCUGCUCGUGAAGAUCCUGAAGAGGACGGCUCAGUUCGUGGCGUGUGACAGCAGUGCCGCUCCGCUGUCGGCCCAGCAGCUCAACGCAGUCGUGCCCAAGAAGACGAAGCUGUUCGUGGAACAGGCCAUGCGGGAGCGCGAGUGUGCGGCAGCCAUGCACCAGGCGUUCCAGCAGGACCUGGUGGCCUUGAGGCUGGAGGCCGCGCGCGCGUGCGUGCAGGCAGUGCAGAGCUGCAGCAACCCCGUGUCGGGCAGCUCCGUCGAGCCGCUCAAGAUCUCUGCCCAGGUGCUGGGCUUGGGACCAAUGUUCAAGAUCUUGCUGACGCUGCAGAACAUGUCUGAAACCACUCCGUCCAAGAACUUGUCCAUAGUGCUGCACUGUGAUGUCAAGAUGUAUAACAUCCCCGAGCCGUACAUCCAGCUGCCGCUACUGGUGCCGGGCCUGGAGUACCAGUUCUCGGCCAGCGUGGAGUGCGUGUCGGAGGCGGGGUUGUCGGACCUGGUGCAGGUGUUGGUGGUGAGGGAGGGCCACGUGCGCCCCCUGCUGGCCGCCACCAUCGCCAUGCCCGCCUGCGACCUGCUGGCGCUGCUCUGAGCCUCUUUGACCGUGUGCUGUUGGAGCCCUUUCACACGGGAAACUAUCGAUCGCUCACAAGUUGCGAUGACCUGCCACGCCGGAGACUUUUCAGCGUUUGUUGCUAGAUUACGUAGGGAAUACCAUUCAAUAAUUACCCAGUGUUUUCAACUGUUUGCUGAAGCGAGCACCGCUCUCUGUGCUAUGGGCGUUAAAUACAUUUUAAUUGCAUUGAUAAUGAAUGGGUGAAUGUGCCAAUAGGAAGGAAAAAAAGGCGAACGAGUCUUUCGGUUCUGCCAGAGAUGUGUGACAUCUAACUCCUGUAAAAAGCAAAUUUAUGUGUUCUCAUGUUGUAAGCACACUUAUAAAACGAAACUUGGACACACAAUUAAAAAUAAUUAGUGUAUAAUUCUUUAAAAUAAUGUUAAGCAUCAUAAAUAUAUGAAAAAUGUGUUUAAAAUACAUUCAUGGACACAAAUUACACGUACCGUGUUUUAUCGCAUAAUCGUCGCACAUUUUUUACUAAAAUCAAGUUUGAAUAGUAGGGGUGUGAUUUUUAUGCGAAAAUAAAAUUUCUGUUAGGUAAAGUUAUUCUUAAAAACAAAAUACAUUCAUGGAAAGUACAUUUAUUUAAAAAGUAGAGUAUACAAAAGCAUGCCAAACAAUUAAAAUUAAUAAGUCAUGCAACAAAAACCUUUCUUCAACUUUAAAUAUAAAAACAAAAACAGUGACUCGAACACGAGCUGGAACUACGCAUAACAAUCGUCAUAGUACACAUUUCCAACAAAAGAGUGCGGGCUAUCAAAUGUAGUUAAUUCAGCACUAGACAGAGCAAGCGUGUUUCAUGCAAUCAGCAAGCUAUCAAAAUUAAUACAGGAAUUAACAUAACCAAACAUUUUUGUAAGCUUUACACAACGGCGACGAAGAAGAACAGAUAAAGGUUAUACCGUUUUAAAACAUCUUUAAAAGAAUUUUUACACAGAAAAUGUCUAAUUUUUGUUAAUUAAAUAUGUAAGUGGUAAUAUCCGAAUGAAUAUUAGAUUUCAACUUUAAAAUACAUAGUAUUAUACUGGAAAACUACCUACACAAAGUGCUGGAAUUUAAUAGUGGGUCUAAAAAUAUCAUGGACAUUAUGUGAGAAUUUUCUUCUUCUAAUUUUGACGCCCUAAAAUAACGUUGUGACAAAACAUGGUAUUCCAUAUCACUUUACUCCCUUACCCCCUCAACAACCUUUUAUCCCAUCAAUAUGGGUUCGCGGGCUUGGAGCACUCGUUUCGCAGCAGUUCACUGGCUAGAGCGCACAAGUCACCCUCCUUGUUAACAUUGCUGGCUUCAAUGAGUGCUUGUGUUCUGUAUUGGACUCUUCAUCUGCAAGAGUGCGCUUCCGCCAUAAGGGUUUAUUUUUUACCUGUUACAGCACACCAUCAAUCACCUGUGAACUCAUCGUCCAACAUAUCGUUGGCCAUCUUAAAAUUUUUGUGAUUAUCAAAAUGUUAUGAAGUUCUGUAAAUUUAUAAAAUAGUUGCACAUUAUAAUAUUUAUUUGAUAGAUAUACCUUCUUGGUUGAAUCCUUGCAAAAAAGUAAUUAGAGCUUAAGAAUACUUAUCAAAAAUUUAUUUUAAGUAAGUUAAUCCUACUUUAAUAAUUUAUAUUUUUACAAUUGAAAAAUCUAUGUUCUGGUAUCUAUCCUAUGUGAGAUUACAAAAAAAAUAUUUCCCAAAACCCUUUUUACAUACAAUGUAUAUUAAUUAAAAUUCUACUUUACUAUAUGUAAAAACAUUUAUUGAUCUGUUAGGGCUGCUCUAUUUCUGUAUCUGAUACCCGCAAAUAAAAGCAACCAUUUGACAUAGGA